GACACUAGUACGCCACAAUCAUGUCCUCACAUGCAACAAGAUAUUUUGACAACCAUCUAAUAUAACUACGACAUUUUUAUGCUUCAAUCAAGAUAAUCAUUGUGAUUAAUAUAUCUGUUCAAUCCAUCGACCCAAUCAAUUAAUAAAAAUAGCGAACUAGAGAACGAUUACUGAAUUAACUAGAACUCCAAGCAAACAUUGAUGAUUCUUGUUCCUGCCUCCUGUCGAGUCCCUAGCAAGCGCCCCGUGGGUUCCACUACUUCACUCAAACUUCCAAGAUUACAGCGGUGAUCGAAGGCGAGCACGUAGAGACAGAGUCGGAGCGAGCACGACGACAGCAAGAUCGCCUACCAGCAAUAGUGCGGAGGCAAAUGACGACAUCGACGUGUUGGCACACCGAUUCUAUUCGACGAAAAUGAUGGCGUGGCGACCCCGGGUUCGGGCGUCUAGCAGUCUAGGCAUGGCUGAGCACCUGAGUGGCGGUCCUCGCCCACCACAAAGGAGUCGAAGCAGGAACAAACGGCAAGGAAUCCAAGAGGCGGACGUUGAAGCCAAACAAGACCGGCAAGGAAGAGCAGGGACGCGGCGUGCACACGUUGCUCGAGGAUGGCGCAUGAUACGACAAGGAGGCGAGGUGUCCGGGCGAGCUCGCAGCAGCAGUUGGCUAGAGAAUAAUGUCCCGACGAGCACGAUCAGAGAGGUGAGCAAGGGCAGAGGGCACCGAUGUCCUUCGACCAGAGACCGAGGCACAUAGCACGGCGGACGGACUUAGCUCCUGGGAGACGUGCGAGGGGGAGCUGGAAGCCAAUCCGAUGGUGGUUCAGUGGCAAGCGAUGGCUGGGUCUGAGGGGGUCAUUGCCCAAGCCGAGCAGCAUGUUGAGGUCAGCACUCCGAGCGUACAGGCUCUGUGCCCAUGUCCGCGAUGAACGAGCCGCAGGAGGAUCUCGGACUCGGGCAUGGAGGAAGCAGAGGGGCACGGCAUGGAGUCAUCGCAGUGCUCCAAGUCGAAGGCCACCACGGUGCUGCUGCAAGACGGACCUUCAUCGGCGCUGGGACAUCGUGGUGGCCGAGCAUGCACCAGAGCCGAGGUGGAGGCGAGCUUGAAGAGGUGGAAUAGGGAGGACAACAGUUGGACCUGGGAGGAGCAAGGAGGGUCACGGCGAUGGAGAGGGCGAGCAGGGAGAUGGGCGUGGCAGCAGAGAGGAGCGCCAUGGGAGACGGGCGCGCGCCAGCACUGGAGCACACGGCCCGGAGAUCCGAUCCAGGAGCCGAGCGUGGGAGGAGGUCGAGAGGAGAACGUCCUACGCCGCUACGCGCAUGGUGCUGCAGCGGAGAGAGCUUCUUGGUGGCCGGCGAGGAGGAAGCAGGGCGCGUGCUGGAGAGCUGAGCAGGAGGGAGCGGGAACUAGGGCGUGGUCCGAGCUGGGGGAAGAUGCGCGCGGGGGGACAAGACGCGAGGGAGAGAGAGG